UCUCUACAUUCAUGAGUAAUAAUCGAUUAUGAAGUACUACGAGAAAUGCACGCACGCGAUAUCAUGAGCGCAAGCUCAAUGUCCUUACAAUCGAUGCACCUGAACUAUCGUAAACAGUCGUUUUCCACCUGGCCAUGAAUAUGCACCUCUCCGUCCGAUAUCGGCCCGAUCAACCGCGGAAUCCAAAAUACGAGGAAGAUAUCAUUUACGUGACGAAACAUAACAAAUGGGUUCUAAAUUCCAUCGGAAUGUGGCCCGCUGUACUAGAUGGCAUUGGCAAAUUUGUACCAAAAAUUGUGAUUGGACUCAGUAAUUUCGUGUCGUUCUUCAGCGUAGUGCAGUGUGUGCUACACAUUAUAUUAGAAGAAAAAGAUCCUUUACUAAGACUAAGGCUCUUAGGAUUGGCUUGCUAUUCUUCAACCAACUUGAUGAAAUAUUGGGCUCUGAUACUGCGCAAACCAAACAUUGAAUACUGCAUCAAAGAGAUACAGGCAGAUUGGAAGCAGGUAGAAUUCCCAAAAAAUCGCCUGUUAAUGCUAAAAUACGGAAAAAUCGGACGAGAUCUCACCAUAUACAGUGCCGCAUUCAUGUAUACCGCACUCGUGUGCUACAUUACAAUCAUGCAAUAUGCAAUGGGAAUGAGCCUGAAGGAAAAUAAUCGUACAAUCAGGGUGUUAGUAUACCCUACAUAUAGUGGAUUUUUUGAUGCUCAAAAAAGCCCCAUCUACGAAAUUGUGUACGUUCUCCAAUGCAUGUGCACAUUUGUAUUCAACUCUGUGACAGUUGGGUGUUGUGCUUUGGCUGCUCUUUUUGCAACACAUGCCUGUGGACAGCUUGAUGUCGUUGUAUCUCAGUUAAAUGAUCUGGCCGAUGGAAAAUUCGCCAAGAAAAAUUCUAAUCCAAGCACUCGAUUGGUAGAAAUCGUAAAACAUCACAUAAAAAUUUUAAAAUUUUCUGCGAUGAUUGAGUCGGUUCUGCAGGAAGUGUGCUUUUUCGAAUUCGUUGGUUCCACGUUUGUAAUAUGCUUGCUCGAAUACUAUUGUAUAACGGAUUGGCAACAGAAUAAUAAAAUUGGUUUGACAACAUACUCGAUGCUACUAGUAUCCUUGACGUUCAAUAUGUUCUUAUUAUGCUACAUUGGCAAUCUUCUACUAGAAAAGAGUACUGAUAUUGGUAUAUCUUGCUAUAUGAUUGACUGGUACCGCUUACCAGUCAAAACAGUUCAAGAUCUUAUGUUAAUCAUUGCUAUGUCGAACACUCCAGUGAAAAUUAGCGCCGGCAGAAUGUUUCUUUUAUCCUUGCCUACUUUCGGAAAUAUUUUAAAGACAUCAUUCGCGUACUUAAACUUUAUCAGGAAUACUCUUAUGUAGCAAUUUAAUGAUUAUUCCGUUAUUUUCAUAAUCCAAGUGUAAUAUUAAAUAAAGAAAUUUGUUGUAAUA